CAGAAAGUUGACAAAAGCGUAAAAGCGGCGAUCGCAGCGGCGGCUAGGCCGUAGCAGUCAUGGCGGAGCACAAGGCGGCGAAAGCGGCCGACGCUUCAAACACAGAGGAGGCGUCGUGGAGCGGCGUUUUGUCAGAGGUCUUCCUGAGCCCACUGAACUUGGUCCUUGCCUCCAUAUGCAUUUACUUGAUAUACAAGAUAUUCUUCAGCAGACACCACAGCCGGAGCUCCGAAGUGAAGCGUGAGCCCGAGCUUCCUCGUAUGAAGAAGCGGGACAUGACUCUCGAGGAAAUUCGUAAAUACGACGGCACUGGUGAAGACGGCCGGGUCCUCGUAGCUGUAAACGGAAAGGUUUUCGAUGUCACAAGAGGACGGCACUUCUACGGUCCAGGUGGGCCCUACCAUGCCUUUGCGGGCUACGACGCCUCCCGUGGUCUGGCCACUUUCUCUGUGGAGCGACCCAAGGACGGCUACGAUGACCUCUCUGACCUGAACCCAAUGGAGAUGGAGAGUGUGCGAGAGUGGGAGAUGCAGUUCACAGAGAAGUAUCACUACGUGGGACGCCUGCUAAAACCAGGUGAAGAGCCAACUGAUUACUCUGACGAAGAGGAGUCGUCUGCCGCUGACAGCCCUGCCAAGAAAGACGGUGGUGAUCCGUCAGCUGCUGUCUCGGGGGGUGAUGCUAAGGCACACGCGGACUGAGAGGUCCCACUUAUACACACGUUGCUGCCUCUGCCGUCGCCCAACUGCCAUGGGAACAUGUUUUCAUUUUGUCACUGUUUGUUUGCUUCUCCAACAUGUGUGU